AAGAAGAAGAAGAAGUGCAAGGGGGUUUCUGUUCCAUUUGUUUCAGCUUCCUCGGCCUCGAUCCCUUACCCUCCGAUCAAUUUGGAGUAUCUACGGAGAGAAUUCUCCGGCCAUGGAGCCACUUUCGAAGAUAUCGGUGAGACGUGCAUUGCCAAGUUGAAGCUGGAGAACAGGAGCUCAGCCACUGUGGUGCUGUCACGUGGCAUGGUAACCUCGUACAAGGUCCCAGUGUGGCAUGGAGGAAAGAUGGAGCUUCUUCACACCUGGGUCUCGGAGGAGGAAGACGAUGAAGUGGUCAUACAAGGAGGAGUUUCAUCGGCCAUAUUUCCCGAUGAUCAAGAUCUCGACGAAAUCAGUUCUUGGUCGAUGCCCAGUGGCUGGAUUCUUCAGGGCAUAGCAGGAGAUUCCCAGGACUAUGUUCAGGUAGAGUUGGCAAGAAGGGACGUAGACAACAUGCUGGAGAUGAAGCAAGUUAUUACUCUUGGACAAGAAACACUAAGCUGUGAACUCACAGUCACGAACAAAAACUUGUCGCCGGUCCAAAUAAAGUGUUCACUUCUAAGCCAUUUGACAGUUAGUACACCAGAAGCCACAUAUGCAGUUGGUCUACAUGGAUCAAAUUACGUCGAGAAAACACCGUUUCUCCCGUGCCCCGAGACGAUUAUAGAAGAAGAUGAAGGAGAAAAACCCGGGUUCGGAGGGAACAAGGAAGAGAUUGAGUACGAAGAGCAGAGCAAUUACAAGCAGUUGAAUGAAGAGAUGAGCAGGAUAUACACAUGUGCACCUCAAAGCUUCACUGUCAUUGACAGAGUAAGUGAUUGUUCAACCCCCACACAAAACUUAUAUACAUCAGCCAAUAAUCGGAUAUCUGGUUCUGAUACCCGAGUA